AUGUCUCUUACGAGCGUCAAGGAGCGAAAGGUUUCAAGCAACCUGGAUAGGCUGGGCUUGUGGCAGAACGCUUUAGAGACGCGUAUGCGUCCGUACCGGGGUCGAAAGUCGGCCAGGAAUUUUUGGAAGCAGGAGAUGCUGGGGGCUAUCUCCUCACUGCCAUAUCCUGGCCAGCGUCUGCACAUCCCAAGCGACAGCUUCAUAGUCGAAGCCAUCUGGUACGCUCCCAAUCAUGACACAAUCAAGCUAUCGACGCUGAUCCUCGGCAAUGGGUACGACGGCUCGCAAGGAGUCCUGUACCACACAGUCGUCGUACCAGCACUAGCUAGUGGAUAG